AUGGAGAAAGUGCAGGGGGAGACGGUGGUGCUGGGCUGCACCUGGACGGGCGACCCCACGGACACCGAGGUCCUGGACGUGGAGUGGUUCCUGCAGAUGCCCACUACGAACAUCUACGUUGCCACGUUCGCCGGGGGCGAGGGGCACAUCUACCCGGACUUCGCGUCCCGCGUGCGAUUCGCCCGCAACGCGACGCGGAGGGACGCGUCGCUGCAGAUCGCCGGGCUGCGGGCGAGCGACGCCGGCGUCUACACGUGCAAGGUGAAGUUCGGCACUUUCAUCAAGCUGGAGACCAUCAGGCUCACCGUGCUGGUGAAGCCGUCCCAGCCCAGCUGCGUGGUGAACGGUUCGCUGCAGCAGGGCGAGGAGCUGUCGCUGCAGUGCCUGUCCACGGAGGGGACGUCGCCCAUCAGAUAUCGGUGGAGCAAGGCCGGCGGGGAGGAGGGUCCCUCACCGUCCGUGCUGGGAGGAACGCUGCGCAUCAGCAACGCGAGCGAGAGCCACGCGGAGACCUAUCGGUGCAACGCCAGCAACCGCGUGGGCUGGCGGUCGUGCGUCGUGACCCUCUCGCUCGUGAGCCCGAGCGCUAACGCCGGCGUCGUGACGGGCGCCGUGAUGGGCGUGCUCCUCCUCCUCGUCGUCGUCGCCGCCAUCGGCUUCCUCGUCCUGUACCCGCUGCUCAAGCGCAAGGCGGCGUGGGACCGAGACUACCGCCACAACGACAUCCGGAUUGACGACUGCCCCCCCGUGUCGAUGUGCCGCCCGCCCACGCCCGCGACCCGCGACCCGCCCGGCACCGGCACCUCCGUCGGCCUCCCGGCACCGGCGCCCCCCGACGGCCUCCCGGCGCUCCGCCGGGCCCUGGGCGGGUCGCCCCACGGGCGAGCGGAGGGCCGCGCGGGGGCCGGGGCCUCCUCCGGCGCGAGGGGGGGGGAGAGCGGCCCGUGA